AGCUUCCGCUUAAUUUUCUGUCCAUGGAUGAUCACCAUUGUGGGUCUGUUUCAUCGGAACCACCAGAUUCAGCGCCGGAAAAGCCUAAAAGCUUCUUGCUUAAGCUCAAGAUUGCAAAGCUCCGGCCACAUGUUUGCCAUUUCUGUAACAAGGAAUUCUCUUGCGGGAAGGCCUUGGGAGGCCAUAUCCGAAUUCACGUGAAGCAUAACAAAACCAGCCGAAGUAAAAGAAACAAAUCCGGGAAGAGAACGGUGGCUUCCGGUUGUUCGGGAUUGGAAGAGGUCAGUACGAAGCAGGACACAAUAACGGCGGAAGAUGAUGAGACUGAGAAGGAUCGGAAAAUUAUCAGAUGCUGUUUAUGUAGCAAGGAGUUCGGGUCGAUGAAAUCGCUGUUUGGACACAUGAGGAAUCAUCCGGAGAGGGGAUGGAGAGGGAUCAGGCCACCAAAUCUGGAGAAGAACAGCUGUUGCUCGAGUGUAUCGGAAAACGAAUUGGCUAUGGAAGUCGACGAUCAGAUGAGCUGUGCGGUAGCAGGGGAAAAGAAUUUGGGCGCCGGUAAGGAUCUGUUCAAGUCUUUCUCUAAAUGGUCUUAUGUGGCGGAACAAUAUCGUCAAGAAAACAUCUCCGAUGAGAUUCCGGACGCUGCUUAUUCUCUCAUGUUGUUAUCGCAAUCAACAGAUAAGCUGAAAAUCAACAGAGGAAAAGCUGUUGUGAAAAUGAAAAAUGAACAAGAAACAACCCCUAUGAGAUCCCUCUGGAGAGGUUCAUUCCGCUCAGGAGAGGAAAACCCUUCAUCGGGAAAAUUGGUCCAUCACAAUAAUGGGGGAGUUCAACACACUGACUGCAGGUUGAGCAGGGGAAGUAAAGCGGUGGUGCCACCGCCGGCAGCAGUGUCGCCUAGGAUACUGGACUUUGAUCUGAAUGAACCUGUUGUGGCUAACUUCAAUCAGGUGUAGUAAUAAUGUUGUGUGUUAAAUUAGCUUAUGGAGAGCUCAGAUAAACAAUAUUUGUGUCAGGUACUUUUCUUUUGAUUCAUAAUCAAAUGUUUUUCAGUAG